AUGGCAGCGAAAUCCGAUGGUCGGGGGGUCAUCCGGGGAUUCGCCCAGCUGCACAACCUGGACGAGGUGGUGGGGACCGGCGAGGGCGACCCGAGGGAAGGCAGCUCCUUCCACAUCUGCCACUGCUGCAACACCUCGUCCUGUUACUGGGGCUGCCGGAGCGCCUGUCUGCAUUACCUCCACGACAAGAGGAGAGGCGGGGGAGGACAAGAGGACGCGCGGACGGGGCGGCCUCAGCAGGAGGAGCGCCUCUGGCUGGACUGUCUGUGGAUCAUCCUGGCCCUGUUCGUGUUCUUCUGGGACGUGGGGACGGACCUGGCGCUGGCCAUCGACUACUACCACAAGCAUGACUACCUCUGGUCCGGACUCACCCUCUUCUUGGUGCUGGUGCCCUCGGUGCUGGUCCAGAUCCUGAGCUUCAGGUGGUUCGUGCAGGAUUACACCGGGGGUGGUCUGGGCUCUGUGGAAGGGCUGAGCAACCGGAGGGCUACGGCAGGGCUGAGUGCACAGGGAAGGGACAGGUGCUGCCUGCUCUCUGUGUGGCUGUGGCAGACCCUCAUACACAUCUUCCAGAUGGGACAAGUAUGGAGGUACAUCCGUACCAUGUACCUGGGCAUCCAGAGUCAUCGUCGGAAGGAGAACCAGAGGCGGUUCUACUGGGCCAUGAUGUAUGAGUACGCUGACGUCAACAUGCUGCGUCUGCUGGAGACCUUCCUGGAGUCAGCUCCCCAGCUGGUCCUGCAGCUCUGUAUCAUGAUCCAGAGGAACCGGGUCGAGACCCUGCAGUGUAUGUCUGUGCUGGCCUCUCUCCUGUCCCUGUCCUGGGUUCUGGCCUCCUAUCACAAGCUCUUGCGUGACUCCCGUGACGACAAGACGAGUCUGAGCUACCGUGGGGCCCUGGUACACCUGUUCUGGCGUCUCUUCACCAUCUCUUCCCGGGUCCUCUCCUUCGCCCUGUUCGCCUCCGUGUUCCAUCUCUACUUCGGCAUCUUCGUGGUGCUGCACUGGUGCGCCAUGGCCUUCUGGGUAAUCCACGGUGGCACCGACUUCUGCAUGUCCAAGUGGGAGGAGAUUCUGUUUAACAUGGUGGUGGGUGUGGUCUACGUGUUCUGCUGGUUCAACGUGAGGGAGGGUCGGACGCGCUACCGUAUGGUCACCUACUACACCGUGGUGCUACUGGAGAACGCCGUGCUCACCGCGCUCUGGUACGCCUACCGUGACCCCGCCACCACCGACGCCUACGCCGGCUCCGCCCUCUGCGGCGUCUUCUUGUGCUUCGCCUCGGGCGUGGCCUGCAUGGUGCUGUAUUACGGGGUGUUGCACCCCAUGGGCCCCGGGCUCCGGGUCCUGGCCUCCUCCUGCUGCGCUGAGCUGCUGUGGGGCCUCCCCUUGCCCCCCGAAGCCGAGCCCAUGGCCCCCACCCCGGGCCCCCGAGCCUCUCAAGCCACCCCAACACGGGCCUUUGCGGGGGAUUACAAUGGGCAGGAUGAUGAGGCUACGGACACCUGUCUGCCUGUGUUCCAGGUGAGGUCCACAGAGCCGAUGGACGCGGCCGGGAGACCCAUCCGGCCAGAGGGGCCCCUCAUCAAGAUAGAUAUGCCCAGAAAGCGCUACCCGGCCUGGGACGUACACUUUGUGGAUCGACGGCUCCGCAGGACCAUAAACGUGCUGCAGUACAUCAGCCCCAACGCGGCAGGCAUCAGGUAUAGGGAUGGGCCGCUCCUAUAUGAGCUACUGCAGUACGAGUCCUCUCUCUGAAGGAAUACUCUCUUUCCUUCUCCCCCACUCCCUCUCUCUCCCUCUCUCUCUCGUUCUGUUCUUCCUGGAUCUUCUCCUCUGCUAUAUCUGGUGCUCUCCC